AUGCGAGAACCAGUUCCAUUCCAUCUCACUCGACAUACCAUUGCUGUGACCUAUGGUCCACCUUCACUAAUCUCAUUACUAAUGCGAAUUCAUCACAAUUUUGAAAAAGGUGACGAUUUUGUGACCGAAUGCGUCCUGAGCGAUAUGGGCCAGUUUGCUGGUUGGGAGCCGGAGAUCUUCAUCUCGUACAACCACGGGAAAGCCAACGAUCGUGUCUAUCUGAAUGACGAUGAGCACAAGCAAUUGAUUUCAAACGUCUCUUCUCAAGUCGUAGACGGUCGACUGGUCUGUCACUUCACGCAGCAAAUUGUGCCCCAGAUAGACCGUCGUAACGGGCUUCUUUGGAGUCUCGACAAGCCUUUCUAUAUCAUGGGUGCGACUGGUUCGGCACAACCAGAUGAAGUGAAUGCUCACGACACCAACCGCGGCUCCCACUUCUAUCCGAUUGUAUCAUCAGCGAGAAUAAACCCAGCUGCUAUUGGCGGGAACAAAUUCCCUCUACCAAUGAAGACCAGAGGUGAAGCGUCAAAUUCUGAUAGCACUUCCUCGGUUACAUCUUCAACUCCGUCUGCAGAAGCCUCUUCCACUAUCGCUCUGCAGCGUGAAAGUUCGUCCGUUUCCUCAUCGAACGACGAAGACUCGUCCACAGAUAAGGGAGCCCCAUCCGUAACCUUCUCCGGGUAUCAACGAACCUACGUCCACUAUGCGGAAGAGCACUUUAUGAACCGAAAUAAUAUUGAAAGUAGUAGUUAG